CACAAACGCAAAGGAAAGAUGAAGAUGGGGCCUUUGGGCUUGGCUGUCAUAUGCAUCGGCUAAUAUGAGCAAAUAUCAUUGCCACAACAUUCAUAUCCAAAUCUCUUGUGUGGACUUGGCAAAAGAGCUUCAAGAAUACUUCAUAUCCGAAUCUCUUGUGCGAUCCUCAACAAACACAGCAGUCACUAAUUCAACAAUGGCCGCAAAAUUCCCUCUUUCUUCUUCCCUUACCGUCAAAUUUCCUCUCCAACAAAACCCUUCUUCUUCCUUCUUCCCUCCUCUUCCUUCCCCUUUCUCCUCGCCAAAGCUUAGGCCAACGCCUUCUUCUCGCUUCAAGCUUCUAGCAAAUUUAGGGGGUGGCGAUGCAGAAAUCAAGAAGGGAGGGAAGAAAAAAUUUAUAACUAAAGAAGAGGAACCAGAGCAGUAUUGGCAAACAGCAGGGGAAAGGGAAGGGGAGAAUCCUAUGAAGACUCCUCUUCCUUAUAUCAUCAUCUUCGGUAUGUCGACUCCGUUCGUGAUCUUAGCCAUAGCUUUCGCCAAUGGUUGGGUUAAAGUUCCUGUGAGAUGAAUCUGUACAAACUCAUUGUGCAAAUGCAAAUGCCAAGGGAACAACACCAUGAGAGUAACCUGAGAUCUUCCACAGCGCACAAAACCCUCUGUUUAUGCCUGUUUUGAGUUGUAAUGUUAUUUCAGAAGCUAAUACAAAGUAUAGUAACUCAGUUCCUUUU